AUGAAUUAUGAUAAAAUAAAUUUAUUUAGUGAAAAUUUUGAUAUGAAAUGUGUUUUAGAGGAAAUAGAAAAAAACUUUGAUAAGAGAAAGCAUUUAUUAUGUGAUAUUAAUAAUGUUAUAUUAAAUUCUCAAAGAAAAACGAAUUCCUUAGAUAAAUAUGAAGAGAAUUUAAUUGACAAACAGAUUAAAAUAAUAAUACACACAAAAAUUAAUUAUAAAAAAUUAAAUAAUAUAAAUUAUGUAAAAUACUAUUUGCCUUACUGUAUACAACCCAAAACAAAUAACACCAAUUUAUGUUUAACUAAAAGCAUCUAUCAAAAAAAUAUUAAGCAAAGUAUUUUAAGAGAGUUAAAUACAAAAAAGAAAGUAGUUGAAUACAGAAUUAAUUAUUUUAUUAAAAAAUAUACAGGAAAGUAUAAGAAAAAGAAUAUUCUUCAUAAACAAAUUUCACAAAUAUAUAAUGAAAAAUCUAAAAUUGAAAUUUACAUAAAAAAUAAGAAGAAUGGCAAAAUAAAAUUUAAUAAAGUCAUUGGAGAUAUUGUCUUUUUUGAUCAUAAUAUAAAUAUACUACUUGAAAACGCCAUAUUUAACGAUAAUUCAAAUAAACAAAAAAUUCCAUGGAUAUUUAUCCAGUUAAAAUAA